UUUGGUGAAUCACUUGAGUUACCUGGCUAACAAUUCUUAAUAUCCCUCCCUAAAUGCAAAUCCUAGGAUUUCACAAUAUGUUGCCAUGGUAGUUAAAGUUGGAAUCAUAGUACUAUAGUUGUAUGGUGUGAAAGGGGCCCUGAAAUCAGAAAUGUACAUUCAGCCAUGGCUGAGAAAAAUAGAUUAAAUUAUUUGGAGAUAAAGAGAAAAGAAGUGAAUAACAACAGAGAAUAAACACAGAGAGAAUCCAAUUGUAAAAAUUGCUUCUCAUAUAGAUCGACACUAUCCAUGAUAAUGGUACAAACUGUAUGUACAAUCCACUUAAUUGGAAAAUAUUGCAAAAGAAAUAAUUUUAAUAAAAUCAUGUAUUGAGGUGGAGGGAGAAUGAAUAGAAUGAAAUUUGUAUACAUUCCAUUUAUAAAAAGUACAGCCAUCUCUUUAACAUGGCUUGUAGGCAAUUUGUAAACUACAUAUGAGUAUGCAUGUGCUUUCAAGUCAUCUUUUGGCUCAUUGUGAUCCCACCAAUUUUUUGGCGAGGAAUACUCCAACGUGGUCCUUCUUUGAAAUAUAGGCCUCUUCUACACUGCCAUAUAAUCCAAGUUAUGCCAGCAGAUAAUCCACAUUAUCUGUUUUGAAUAAGAUUAUCUGUGUCUACACUGCCAUAUAACCCAGUUCAAGCAGAUAAUUUGGAUUUUAUAUAGCAGUGUAGAUGGGGCCUAAUCAAGCAUUUAUCAAUUCUAAGAUUCUCAAAAACUGGUAGGCAAAGGUGUUUUUGUAAUUGGUUUAUUAGGUUAUGAUUUUUUUUAUAAAAGGUCUUAUCUUGUGCAACAAGGCAUCAUAUUAUCAAAAACAUAAAACAAACACCUAAAACAAUACAUUCAAAAAACAAAAAGAACUAGCCUGAUAAAAAAUAUAGAAUAAAAUACAAAAGACAAUAUUUUUUAAAUAAACUACAAUCCUAGCUUGAUAAAAACACAGGAUGGGAGGAAAGACGCAACCAAGAAAAAAUCCCAAGAAAUAAAACCAUUAAAAAAACACUUACCAGUACUGAGUCUGUGAAAAUUAGCAAAUGAAGCUUUAAGGUGUCCUGACUGCAAAAGGAAAACAAGGCUGGAACCAAGUGAAUUUCCAUGGUGAAAGUGUUCCAUAUCUGGGAAAGCUAUAACUGAAAAGGUUUAGAGUUCAAGCCAAACAUCCGCGCACUCCCCGAGUUGGAUUGAAACCGUCAACCUUCAGGUCAGCAACCCAACCUUCAAGUCAUCAGUUCUGCAGGCACAAGGAUUUAAUCCACUGCGCCAUUGGGGGCUCCUAUCUCAAAUUAAUCCAAUGCUACAAUGGUGGACUCAUACUUUAUUUUAUCAAGAGUAUAUUGGUGCUUCUCACUUUUGUUAGGAUAAUCUAUUUGUUAUAAGUAAUUAUACAUUUUGCAGGCUGCCACCUUGUGCAAUUAGUUCCUAAUUUUUUGAAAAAUUGAUACCUCCAGUGUCCAGCCACUAAGUGUUUGAAAGGAAUGCAUUAGAAAUAAAGGAUUACAUUGGCAGAGGGGUCCUGUUAAAACUCUUAUCUCUUUCUAAUGAAACUCUUAAUAUUAAGAACAGACCACGGAACAACUGACUGGUUCAAGAUUGGGAAAGGAGUACGACAGGGCUGUAUACUCUCACCCUACCUGUUCAACUUGUAUGCAGAACACAUCAUGCGACGUACGGGGGUUUAUGAAUCCAAGGCUGGAGUUAAAAUUGCUGGAAGAAAUAUUAACAACCUUAGAUAUGCAGAUGAUACCACUCUGAUGGCCAAAAGAGAGGAGGAGCUGAGGAGCCUUAUCACCAAGGUGAAAGAAGAAAGUGCAAAUGCUGGGCUGCAGUUAAACAUCAAGAAAACCAAGUUUAUGGCAACCAGACUGAUUGAUAACUGGCAAAUAGAGGGAGAAAACAUGGAGGCAGUGACAAACUCUAUUUCUAGGGGCGAAGAUUACUGCAGACGCAGUCCGCAGCCAGGAAAUCAGAAGACAUUUGCUUCUUGGGAGGAGAGCAAUGGCCAACCUCGAUAAAAUAGUUAAGAGUACAGACAUCACACUGGCAACGAAGAAGUUAAAGCAAAGGCAUUCCCUGUAAUAACCUAUGGAUCUGAAAGCAGGACCAUAAGGAAGGCUGAGUGAAGGAAGAUAGACACUUUUGAACUGUGGUGUUGGAGGAAAAUUCUGAGAGUGCUUUGGACCGCAAGAAGAUGAAACUAGUUCAUACUCCAGGAAAUAAUCCCUGAUUGCUCAAUGGAGGGAAGGAUCUUAGAGGCAAAGAUGAAGUAUUUUGGCCACAUAAUGAGAAUACAGGAAUGCUUGGAGAAGACAAUGAUGCUGGGGGAAAUUGAAGGAGAAAGGAAGAGGGGGCAACCAAGAGCAAGAUGGAUGGAUGGUAUCCUUGAAGUGACUGGCUUGACCUUGAAGGAGCUGGGGUGGCCACGGCCAGUGAACGAAUAAACAACAAAAAAGGAAACUCUUUAUUCAGUUUCUUGCUAUUGUCCUGCUUUGCCCUAUUCUGAUUCUUUAUCUGUGGCAACUAGCCUAUCAGUUAGAUCUUUUACUGACUACUCAAAGUACAUGAAGCGAAGAGCAGCGAUAAGGAAUUCCAAGCCCAUUGGGCAGAAUAGUUGAAAAUACAUCCAGAACAACAAACAGUAUGCUAAGAACUGAAAGAUAAUCAGUGGGCUGAUCCCCCCUAAGACCAUUGGUCAAUUGUGGAGGUUGCAGCAGUGUAACUUAAUGCACUGUAAAAAUGUCACAGCUUCACUGCACUAUAAAAAUGACAUCAAUAAAUAGCAAACGCCGCAAGAAGGAAAGAACAAAGUCUCUUUGUAUGCACUCAACUUUGAUCCUGAUAAACCUUUGCUUUAUGUGACUGAACAUUGUUCAGGAAACUCCACCCUCCAAAUAAACAGUGAAAGUUAUAUUUUAAUAACGUUCUGUUUGCAUACUGCAGCAAUGCUCAAGUCACAGAACAAAUACAUUCAUGCUCCUGGCCUUGUUACAUACAGCAAGCUUUGCUUGCUAUCCUUCACCUGAGAGACACAGAAAGCGAGCACAUUGCUGCACAAACAUCUUAACGAAAAAGAAACGACGAUCUUGCAGAGAGGAUGGGCCUCGUACAUUCUAAGCAGUUUAAAGGCAAACAAGCCCAAAUUCUAAUGCUAGGACUUGAUUCGGCAGGGAAAUCCACCCUCUUGUACAAGAUCAAAUUCAAUGAUGUCUUCUUAACCUCGCCAACCAUCGGUUUCAAUGUGGAGAUGAUUGAAACAACAGCAGGCAUUGCCUUAACAGUCUGGGAUGUUGGAGGCCAGCACAAAAUGAGGACUGUUUGGGAGGACUAUUUGGAAAACGCAGAUUGUCUGGUCUAUGUUGUGGACAGUGCCAACAAACAGCGCUUGGAAGAGUCGAAGAAAGAACUGGCGACUAUUUUGAAGAACGAUAAGAUCAAGAAUGUGCCUGUAGUUGUCCUAGCCAACAAGCAGGAUCUUCGUGGUGCUCUGGGGGCUGAGGAAAUAACCAAAACACUCAACAUGAAGAAACAUUGUGCUGACCGAAACUGGUACGUACAGCCCUGUUGUGCAAUUACAGGAGAAGGCCUGUCCGAAGCAUUCCAGAAAGUGACAUCAUUUGCAAAAUCCUGCAUGAAAGCUAAACAAGAAGCUUUCGCUAUCUUCAGGCAAGAUUAACGUGCCCUAAUCUGAUCAAUGCAUUGUUGACCAGGACAAUAAGCCAGUCGAUUAAUUAAAUGUCUGAUACUACAACAUGC